CUCUGGAAACCUUUUCUUCAGUAUUACCGUUCCACGAACCUUUGUCACAUUUUUUCGGCUCUCUCUUAUUUAAUAGGCAAAUUAUAACAUAAAGUCAAACAAAGUUGAAAUACAAAUGAGCAGCGUUGGCGAGGAUUGCAACGAGCUGAAGCAGCAGUACGACGCCUGUUUCAACAAUUGGUUUUCUGAGCGUUUCCUAAAAGGUCAAACUGAUGACUCAGCGUGCGCCCCAAUAUUCCGUAUUUAUCAGGAGUGCGUCAAGCGCGCCAUCCGGGAGAAGAAUAUCAAUCUGCAAGAGAUCGACCCGAUAUAUGAAACAGGUUCCGAGCACGACCAAACCACUAGCUCCACCGGAAAUCAGCAGCAAAAGGCCAAGAGUUGACCCCAAAAGCCGCUCCACAAGAAGCCACAAAACUGGCGGCCGUAUUAGCAAUUUAACGCCAUGGAAAUCCUCGCCAGCGUGCCUUAGCAUAAAGCAUACAAGUUCGUAGCAUUUUGACUGCUGUGAUACAAUGACCAAGGGAAACUGAUUAUUCAGUCACCAAACUGCCGCAAUACAUUUCUAUUUAUUAAUAAAUUAGUCGCGUUUAAAUAAGUUUAA